UAACAACUUGGAAUGCGGAGCUUUGCUGCAAGCAAACCUGCGAUUUUUGAGUUCCCAGCUCCAUCCCUCGCCGCGAUGCAGAGCUCCCUCCAGCUCCCCAUGGAGUCGCUAGUUUUCUCUGGGCGCCCGGGCCCCGCUCCCUCGGCCGCUGUCGCCGCCUCAGUGCUGGCCACCGACUUCCCCCGGCCUCUGGCCGACGGGCUCAUCAAAUCGCCCAAGCCCCUGAUGAAGAAGCAGGCGGUGAAGCGGCACCACCACAAACACAACCUGCGUCACCGCUACGAGUUCCUGGAGACCCUGGGCAAGGGCACCUACGGCAAAGUGAAGAAGGCGCGGGAGAACUCUGGGCGCCUGGUGGCCAUCAAGUCAAUCCGGAAAGACAGAAUCAAAGAUGAGCAGGACCUGCUACACAUUCGGAGAGAGAUUGAAAUCAUGUCUUCACUCAACCACCCCCACAUCAUCGCCAUCCACGAAGUGUUUGAGAACAGCAGCAAGAUUGUGAUUGUCAUGGAGUAUGCCAGCCGGGGCGACCUGUACGAUUACAUCAGUGAGCGACAGCAUCUGAGUGAGCGUGACGCUCGCCAUUUCUUCCGGCAGAUCAUCUCGGCCGUGCACUAUUGCCACCAGAAUGGAGUUGUCCAUCGAGAUCUCAAGCUGGAAAACAUCCUUAUAGAUGCCAAUGGAAAUAUCAAGAUCGCAGACUUUGGCCUCUCCAACCUCUACCACCAAGACAAGCUUCUGCAGACUUUCUGUGGGAGCCCCCUCUAUGCCUCCCCCGAAAUUGUUAAUGGGAAGCCCUACACAGGCCCUGAGGUGGACAGCUGGUCUCUGGGCGUCCUCCUGUACAUCCUGGUGCAUGGCACCAUGCCCUUUGAUGGACAGGACCACAAGACGCUGGUGAAACAGAUCAGUAGUGGGGCCUACCGGGAGCCACCAAAGCCCUCCGAUGCCUGUGGCCUGAUCCGGUGGCUGCUCAUGGUGAACCCCACCCGCCGGGCCACCCUGGAAGAUGUGGCCAGUCACUGGUGGGUCAACUGGGGCUAUGCCACCCAUGUAGGAGAGCAGGAGGCACCACACGAGGCAGGGCACCCUGGUGGGGAGUCAGGCCGAGCCUCCAUGGCCGACUGGCUGCGGCGUUCCUCUCGGCCACUCCUGGAGAAUGGGGCCCGUGUGUGCAGCUUCUUCAAGCAGCAUGUGCCUGGGGGGGGGACUGCUACCCCUGGCCUGGAGCGCCAGCACUCACUCAAGAAGUCCCGCAAAGAGAACGACAUGGCUCAGACCCUGCAGGGGGAUGCCAACGAGGACCCCCCUCGCCUCAGCAAGGCCAAGCUGCCCAAGGGCAUCCUCAAAAAGACCCCCCUCUCCUCAGAGGGAUCUGGGAAAGACUCAGAGCUGAGCCCGGUGCCCUCAGAGCUGGCUCCCCAGGUAGCUCCCCUGCUCCCCAAGAAGGGUAUUCUCAAGAAGGCCCGGCAGCGUGAGUCAGGCUACUACUCCUCUCCAGAGCCCAGCGAGUCUGGGGAGCUUCUGGACUCAGGUGACGUGUUUGUGGGUGGGGACCCAGAGGAGCCCAAGCCCCCCCAGCCCUCAGGGCUGCUCAGGCAUCGCAAGGGCAUCCUCAAACACAAUGGCAAGUUCUCCUGCACCACCCUGGACCUCCCUGGUCCUGCCACCUUUGGCUCCCUGGACCAACUGGCCACCCCUCACCCUGCUGCCCCAGCCAGCCGCCCCUCAGGGGCUGUGAGCGAGGACAGCAUCCUGUCCUCUGAGUCCUUCGACCAGCUAGACCUGCCCGAGCGGCUUGAGCCCCUGCUGCGGGGCUGUGUGUCUGUGGACAACCUUAGGGGCCUAGAGGAGCCCCCCUCGGAGACCCCAGGGAUCAGGGGCCUGAGGCGCUGGCGGCAGGACUCCCUGGGAGACAGCUGCUUCUCCCUCAUGGACUGCCAAGAGGUGACUGAUGUCUACCGACAGGGACUAAGAACCUAUUCAAAACUCACCUGAUGUGGGGAUGGUCCUUCCCCCACCUGGGGCAGGUUCUAAGCUGCAUCAUGAGGAAAGGCGGCCACCUCAGCGGCCUCCUGGGGCCAGCCUCCCCAGCCAGCAAGGCUGAGAUGGUUUGCGACUGAGCCUCAGAGAGGGCUGAUGUGGGAAGUAGGUGAGCCAAGGACAUUGAUGGCUCGGUAUCUCCAGCCCUAGAGGGGAGACAGUAGUUGAGUGGAAGGUUAGUGACCCAGGCCAGGCUGCCUGUGCCUUGUACCCUCACACCCUCAGAAGAUCCAGGCCCAGUUCCUCCUUUAUACUGAGUAGGUAUGUUUUCUUCAAGGUGGAAAUGGAAAUGCCUCACAGUCCCAUCUCAUCCCCGCCCACUGAAACUGAAAUGUACUAGCCCCAUCCCACCCCCAGAGUUCCUGGGGUACCCUAGCUGCAAGAGGAUAAUCACCUGCCUCCUCAAAGAUUUCUCCCCAUCCUCUGAACCAUGCACCAGCCUGAUAGAGUUGUUGCUCUGAAUCUUCAAGACUUGAAAAGGCUCAGGCUGCAAUGGGACUGUACCUCAGGGGGCUCAGGUUCCCCCCAGAGCCCACCUUGGACCUCAGAGACUGCACUCUGGCCUCCAUGCUUCCCUUGCUACCGAGCUGAUGUGGCUAUUUCCACGGGCUGGCCAGGCAUGGAGUGCACUUAUUUAUUUUCAUGUGUUCAGUUGUUCUGUGUUGCUGUGUUUAUAAGUGAAUCUUGCUGUCUUCAAUAAUGUGAAUACAAUGUUCUGGGGAAAAUACACUGUGAGCUUUCAAGUUUUGUGUACAAAGUGAUGUUUUUGCCAUGAUUCUCUACUCAUUGGGGGGGUGGGAGGUAUGUGUAGAAAUCCACCUAUCUGGUUAUCUCUUCCAUACCCUGAUUCUGUCUGCCCCAUGGUCUAUCUUCCUGCCCAGAAUGACCAAAAAUACCCACUCCAUUAAAAAUCACAACAGUGACUAGAAAA